GGGAAAUUCAAACGUGUUUCCGGAAAGGGGUUGGGGUGCCGCUGUUUGGGCUGCAGCUUGGCUUUCAGAGACGAGUUAAAAUUUAGAAAUGGAGACUGAAGAGUUAAUUGGCAGAAAUGUGACGAUUGAUUCCAUCAUGAGCAAAAUGAGAGAUAUUAAAAAUAGGAUAAAUGAAGACUGUACUGAUGAGCUAAACUUGUUUAAAGUCUGUGCCGAUCACACAGAAACUGUUAACCAAACUACGAUGGUUGGGAACACCCCAGAGGACUGGUUGAAUAGCUUGCUGAAACUAGAGAAAAACAGCUCACCUCUAAAUGACAAUCUUUUAAAUAAGCUGAUUGGUCAGUAUAGUCAAGCAAUUGAAGCACUUCCUUCAGAUAAAUAUGGCCAGAAUGAGAGCUUUGCUCGAAUACAAGUGAGACUUGCUGAAUUAAAAGCUAUUCAAGAGCCUGAUGAUGCCCAUGACUACUUCCAGAUGGCCAGGGAAAACUGCAAGAAGUUUGCUUUUGUGCACAUAUCUUUUGCACAGUUUGAACUGUCUCAAGGCAAUCUUAAAAAAUGUGAGCAGCUUCUUCAUAAAGCUGUAGAGAGCGGGGCAGUGCCGCUGCAGAUGCUGGAGAUUGCCAUCCAUAACUUACACCUCCAGAAAAAGCAGCUGCUUUCAGAGGAGGACAAGAAGCGUUUAUCAGCAUCUACAGUACUAACUGCCCAAGAAUCAUUCUCCAGUUCACUUGGAAAUUUACAGAAUAGGAACAUCAGUUGUGAUUCCAGAGGACAGGCUGGGGUGGCCAGGAUUUUAUAUGGAGAGAACAUGCCUCCACAAGAUGCCGAAGUAAGUCAUCGAAACCCCUUAAAGCAGACUCACAAAAUUAAACGGUCAUGCCCCUUUGGAAGAGUCCCAGUUAAUCUUCUAAACAGCCCAGAUUACUAUGGGAAGACAGAUAGUUCAGCUGUGACACAGUUAACAAAAAGAAAGGGGUCUGGAUCGGAAUACCGAGAUUUGAUUAUGCCUGGCUCCAAAUCAAGUGGAAGUGAUUCCUAUGAAUUGAGAGGUGUAAAGUCCAUUCAAACUAUCCAUUUGAAAGACUCUUUGGUGUCCAAUGAAAAGAGUUCUGAACUUAUGUCUGAUUUAGUAACCUUGAAGAGUAAAACAGAUUCAAGUCUAACAAAAUUGGAAGAAACUAAAGUGCGUCAAGAGCCAGAGCUUCCAGAAAGGCCCAAGCCGUGGCAGUCUGCCAGAAAGCCGGAGUGUGUGCUCCAGAACCCUGCUGCCUUUGCACCCCUGCGGCACGUUCCAGAUGUCACCCCGAAGGCUGACAAAGCGUCACCACCAAUAUCAUUUCCUAAAUGGCUUGAUCCAAAGUCUGUCUGUGAGACACCCAGUAGCAGUUCCUUGGAUGGCUACAUGAAAUGUUUUAAGACUCCAGUUGUAAAGAAUGACUUUCCACCCGCCUGUCCAUCAUCAACACCUUACAACCAGCUGGUCCGCCUCCAGCAGCAACAGCAGCAAGGACUCAGCACUCCUCUUCAAAACUUACAGAUUUCAGGAUCUUCAUCAAUAAAUGAAUGCAUUUCAGUUAACGGAAGAAUUUAUUCCAUAUUAAAGCAGAUAGGCAGUGGAGGUUCAAGUAAGGUGUUUCAGGUAUUGAAUGAGAAGAAACAGAUAAAUGCUAUCAAAUAUGUGAACCUAGAAGACGCAGAUAGCCAAACUAUUGAGAGCUACCGCAACGAGAUAGCUUUUUUGAACAAACUACAGCAACACAGUGAUAAGAUCAUCCGCCUCUAUGAUUACGAAAUCAAAGAGCGGUACAUCUACAUGGUAAUGGAAUGUGGAAACAUUGACCUAAAUAGUUGGAUUAAAAAGAAAAAAUCCAUCAAUCCAUGGGAACGCAAAAGCUACUGGAAAAACAUGUUGGAGGCAGUACACAUAAUCCAUCAACAUGGCAUUGUUCAUAGUGACCUGAAGCCUGCUAACUUUGUAAUAGUUGACGGAAUACUAAAGCUAAUUGAUUUUGGGAUUGCAAACCAAAUGCAGCCAGAUACAACAAGCAUUGUUAAAGAUUCUCAGGUCGGCACAGUUAACUAUAUGGCCCCAGAAGCAAUAAGAGACAUGUCUUCAAGAGAAAAUUCGAAAAUCAGGACCAAGGUAAGUCCCAGAAGUGAUGUGUGGUCCUUGGGGUGCAUUCUGUACUACAUGACUUAUGGGAAAACACCAUUUCAGCAUAUCAUCAACCAGGUCUCUAAACUACAUGCCAUAAUCAACCCUAGUCAUGAAAUUGAAUUUCCCGAGAUUUCGGAAAAAGAUCUUCGAGAUGUGCUAAAGUGCUGUUUAGUGAGGAACCCUAAAGAGAGGAUAUCGAUCCCUGAGCUCCUCACACAUCCAUAUGUUCAAAUUCAGCCCCAUCCAGGCAGUCAAAUGGCUAGGGGAACCACUGAUGAAAUGAAAUAUGUGUUGGGUCAACUUGUUAGUCUGAAUUCUCCUAACUCCAUCUUGAAAACUGCAAAAACUUUGUAUGAACGUUAUAAUUGUGGUGAAAGUCAAGAUUCUUCAUCAUCCAAGACUUUUGACGAAAAGAGAGAAAGAAAGUGAUGCACAGCUACGCACAAACCAAAAACACUAGAUUGUCUUGUCUGCCACUCUUGAAUCACUGAGGAAAUCUACCAGUUGGAAACAACCUCACCUGGAUUUUACCAGUUGAAAAAACAAACAAACAAAACUUCAGUAGAUUAUCCUCAAAAGAAAGCUGUAAAGUUAACCACUCAUAGCACUGUGUAUAUUAAAUUAUAGAGUUGUGCUUUUCUUUUAUGCUUUUCUGUAAAUCUAAGCUGUCUGCUACUGUUUUACACUUGGAAGAGUGAAUGAUAGCUGGAAUGUUGAAGAUCUCUGUAAAUAAAGCCUCACCACAGUUCCAGAA